AUGCCUUUUUCGGCUUCGUUUGCAGGGGAUAUGAAUCAGGAUUGGGAGGUGGCGGUUGCAGUGGGCUUUUCUGUUGGAAUAAAAGCAAACCUCACAAAAGGGAAAUGUUUGGUGAAUAAAAUUUUAAGACUGCAAUUAUAUUACACUGAAGUCUGGAAUGGGUCCAAUGACUUGAGUGGGUCACUGAUUUUGCGUAAUCUUCUUUGCGUUGAAGCUCUUGAAGUAGAUUUUGUAAAUAAAUGCAUAGGGGGUGGUGCUCUCCGCCGGGGCUGUGUACAGGAAGAGAUUCGUUUUAUGAUCAAUCCAGAAUUGAUUGUUGGCAUGCUUUUCUUGCCUGCAAUGGCAGGCAAUGAGGCUAUUGAAAUUAUUGGUACGCAGAGAUUCUCCAAUUACUCUGGAUAUGCUUCUUCAUUCUGUUUUUGUGCCGACUACAAGGACGUCGAGGGUGCCGAUUCAAUGGGAAGGCGUAAGACAAGGAUAAUCGCAAUAGACGCACUGUCCCGUGUCGGUAAGAGACAAUACACUCCAGAAUGCCUUCUCCGAGAGAUUAAUAAGGCAUUCUGUGGCUUUUAUGAUCAAUACAAAAGACAGCAAUAUGAAAAUCUGUUUGUAGACAUUGGAUUUUCAGAGGCUGAGUUUGAUGAAGGCAUUAGAAGCCCUCUCGGAAAUUCCACGAGAAAUCUUUCGACUUCAUUUCAAUCAAUCAAUGAAACUAAUAACCAGCCAAUGAGGGACAAUGAGCCGAAGUGGGAUGAUGAUAAUGUCAGUAUUGCGACGGGGAAUUGGGGCUGUGGUGCUUUCGGGGGAGAUCCUGAGGUCAAAACCAUAAUUCAGUGGCUAGCAGCGUCUCAAACACUUAGAAGUUAG